GUCAGUAAAAGUGUUCCUCUUUGCCUUUUCAACUUGUUGGUCCAAGACUCGGGUUCGAUUCUGCGGUCAAAACUUUGUGUGUCCACAGAAGACUCGACCGGCUGGAGGUUCCGGUUACGCUCCCACGGAUCUUCGACGUGGACUUGUUGCGUGAGAGUUAGCUUAAAGUUGUCCAAAGUGUCUUAGUUGGACAAAGAAAGAUGGCAGACAACGAGGAACAGCAAGUCUCGUCCAGUACGUCUCUCUUCAGCGAGGAGGUCCACCACUACCAGGCCGAACCCGAUACCGAGGACCUGCUGCUGCUGGACCAGCCCAAGCAGGACAUCUUAAGCCUGGACGACAUCGUGGACUUGGUCGGCGGGGGCCAGGACGCCCUGGAGCGGCACAUGGCUGAAGACUCGCAGGAGUUCACAGAGCACCCAGACGACAAGACCACUUUACUGGACCCAGAACCGCAAGAAAACGAGGAGAAGCCAAGCCCGGACUCCAGCAGCGGGUCCAGUUUCAAGCACAGUCCAUUAGGUCCUGACAGGGUGGAAGAGGAGCCACAGGUUGGCCCGGAGAGCGACGCCCUCCCCGCGGCUCAAGCCCAGGAAGCAGCGCCAUCCCCCGCAGAGGAAGCUCAGCUACCUGCGGACACACAAGCACCACCGGCUCCGGCAUCUUAUGUUCCUCCUGCUCCUCCUUCUAAAGCUCAGCCUCAGCCUCUGAUGCAAUUCCCUACAGAACUUGGGCAGAUGGGUGAUUCCCCUGCUCCCAUCUCUCCUCUCUCCCCUCUUCACUCUCCCGAUUCCCUGGAAGAGCUCUCUUUGACCGAGAGCCCCAACCAGCCCUCUCACCCAGGACGUGCUGGACCCCUGGACUCCUUCUCUACUGAGGCCCCUGCUGGUCGCUCCAAGGAAAUGCCCUGGGUGGAAAAAGAAAAAGACUCUGGCCAUAGUCAGAAUAAGGAUGAUCAGUUAGCUGCGCCGUAUUUGAGUUUAGGUAAAGACCCAGGGCCUCACAAUCUUUGCGAAGACAGCGGCGUUUCGUUCUCACCCGAGGAGAAGCCCGUUAGUUCAGACCGGUCUCUCACAGACCCUUCCCCCUCGAACCCCCAGAUGGUUGUCGAGUCUCACAUUGCCUCCUCUAACCCAACAGAGCACUGGGAUUCACCAUUCCUAGCAUCACAAGACAACUCCAAGGUCUCCAUGGAUUCCUUCUCCAAGGACACAUCCACGUUUGGCUCGGCCCGGUACGAGCCGGAGCUCCACAGCAACCAAUCUGAUGACGAUGACGACUUGAUGUACGAGGUGAAGAAGAACAAUAACCCGUUUGAGGGCUUUUCCCCACUGGCAGACAGCGGCUCCUAUCAUUUCGGGGAGUCCAAUUCCGACCACAGGGCUAGUAAAGUCUCGGAAAGUCCCACUCCAGAUCUCGUCCAGUACAGGCAAGCUGGAGAGCUCCAGGAUAGCCCGCCGUCGUUCCUAGAUGACGGAAAAACAUUUGAAACAGGGGUGAAGACCGCCGACUCCCUCAUUCAGCCAGUCAGUCAGUUCUCAUCUGGCCUUGAGGAGGACGAUGAGGACGAAGAGGAUUCUGCUCUGCCGCCCUCACUUCCAGACAUCUUAAAGUCUUCCCCGCUCAACCCUGACAAAAUGGACUCUGGUUCCUCUGAGGGAAGUCCGGAGGAGCAGAGCCCCAUUCUCGAACGUCGGAUGAUGGAGUCGCCCAAUCCCCCGAUCAAUCUGUCAGCCAACAACCCAUUUGCUCUGGAUGCUAAAGUGUCUCUGCUGAAGGAGAUGGCUGAUGAGAUGGAGGUCAGAGUCUCUGACAAACCGAAAGAUGACGUGAAAACCUUUGGUGCAUUCGAUCUCGUCAAAGAGGCCGAGGAAACCCCCUCGCCGCGCACGAAGGAAGAGGAACCCGUCAAGAUCGAGCAGAAAGAUUGGUUCUCGAGUCACGUUUCUCCUAAAAUGACGGAAAAGUUUGAGCCUCUCAACUUUGAAAGCAAGACCGCCCGCGCUGAGGAUUCUGAUUCCGAGUCCCCAACGGCAGACUCGCUAUCUCCAGUCCUGGAAGCCAUGGCCAAGAACCCAGCCAGCUUCCAAGUGGAGAAGAGCAACAUCAAAAUGGAGCUGGAGGAGCCCGAGGUGGCUGAAGAGGUCUCCGAGCACGAGGUCUCAUCUGAGGAAUUCGAGUUCAUUGAGAGACCACCCAAGGGAGUGAUUGACGAGUUCCUUGAGGCUCUGGACACUUCCAAGUUUGUGAACUCCAAGGCCCCCGAGAUCCCCAUCGAUGACGACUUGAGCUUUGAGCGCAAAGAAGUGAUCUCCGGUUCUGCGUCUGCUCCUGUGAAGCCCAUCCAGCCCGCCGGGAUGGCCGAAGAUGCUGAAAGUCAGAGCUCGUACCGCCUUCUAGGCCAGUCCUCCACCCAGAAGAGCAAGGCAGAACUGGAGAAAGUCCCCAAUCCGGAACCAGCACCCCAAACUCCACCCGUCCAUUCCACUUUCUCUAAGCCAGAAGAGACGGUCACUAAGAAGAGCGCGGAGGGCGGCAAACUCUUCAAGAUGCCAAACCUGAACCUGACAGCAGUGGUGGAUCUCCUCUACUGGCGCGAUGUGAAGACCACGGGGGUGGUGUUUGGCGCCGCCCUGCUGCUGCUGCUGUCGCUGACGGUGUGCAGCAUCGUUAGCGUGUGCUCCUACAUCGGCCUGGCGCUCCUCUCCGUCACCGUCUGCUUCAGAAUAUACAAAGGCAUCCUGCAGGCCAUCCAGAAGUCCGAUGAGGGACACCCCUUCAAGCAGUAUCUGGACCGCGAGGUGGCGCUGUCCGAGGACAUGGUCCACAAGUACAGCGACAUGGUUCUGGAGAAACUCAACAAGGGCGUCGGCGAGUUGAGGCGCCUCUUCCUGGUGGAGGACCUGGUGGACUCCAUCAAGUUUGCCGUGCUGAUGUGGAUCCUGACCUACGUGGGAGCCUUCUUCAACGGACUGACGCUGGUCAUCCUGGGUGUGAUCGCAGCCUUCAGCUGCCCCAUCGUCUACGAGAAGCACCAGGUCCAGAUCGACCACUAUGUGGCGCUGGUCAGCAACCAGAUCAAAGAUGUGGUUGGAAAAGUCCAGGCCAAAGUUCCAGGGAUGAAACGCAAAGCAGAGUGACAAGGAGUGGGGAAGGGGGGAGGGGAAGGGGUCCGGUGUGGACGCCGCCCUUAACUUUAUUUGUCAAAUAAUAAAAACUUUUCUUCCAUUUCAGAAUUUUUGUGUUUUCUGGACAGCUGAAGCGGUCGGCGUGAUGUGAUAAGCCACACCCACCCCUCACCCCGCUGCAUUUUCAUUAUUCCUUCUGACCACGCCCACUUUUUUUUUUUUAAAGCUUGUUGAUGAUAGACAGCUGCCAAGCCGCCUGUCACUUUUUUAAAAAAUGUAUUAAAUGAGACGCCAUCUUCCUCCUCGGGAUAUCUGUCUGUGGCUGGUGGGCGGGGCUGGGGGGAGGGGCUUGUGGCGGUUGUCAGCAUUAGCGCUUCUGAGUAACUCGCUAGAAUCAUCUAGAAAAAACCGUUGUUUUUGGUGUCAUGACCGCUGUGUAGUGAUGAGGAAAACCACGUUUACAUUCAUACACGUAAAUAUGACGAGAAGAAAAUGAAAUAGGAUUUACAGAAAAAAGACAAAAAAAGCAACCAUAUUGUCUGUGGAGUUUCUCGACUUCCGGCGUUUGUUUGUUCUGAUGCAAGUUGAAUGGUGUGCUCGACUUCAUACUUCAAUUGUGACAAUUAAAGCUCCGUGUUUGUGGAAUGCAUUGUGACAUGUAAACACUUCAACCAAUAAAGCUUCUAGAACAAUUAA